AUGAGUUGGCGAGACGAAUGGCCCCUAGGACCUGAUGGCGAACAAUACGACGGCAAGCAGCUUCUGGAGUUGGUUCGGAAUGAUGUCAGCCCUUUCAAAAACGUAUGGGACGUGAAGUUGCUCAUCGCAGAAAUUGAAGAGAAGCUUCAUGUUCAAGUGACCGACAUUCCGACCAUUGACAAAGGCUCCAACAACUAUGGUUUCCACCUCAUGGUGCGAGAUGGACCAGACAUUGUAGUUCGUCUGGCCCGUGGCGACGUUAAUAUGCCAGGUUUCGACGGCUUCGCUGUGGAGCGGCAGAUUCCUGAGGUUCUGUUUGAAGCAGCCACGUAUGAACUGUUGCGGAAUAAAGCAGAUGUCCGCGCGUCUCGACUGCUCUAUUACCGUGCACCUGUCCUCAAACCAGGUCCUAAAAACCAGAUACCAUCAGAUCUCUCGGGUCGACGCGUCUUUGUGUUCGAACGAUCAGACGGCACAAACAAUAUCUGGAAAGGGCUCAAUGCUGAGUCAAAGACCGUUCUCCUUGAUCAACUCGCACGCAUGCGUGCCGCUCUCUUCAACUUUUGCCCACCGUCUGACUUUGCAGCCAAGCACCUGCACGGCCGUAUCUUUGACUUCAAGCCGGAUGCUUUCACAUUACCCGUUGCGCCUACUCGCGAUUUCUGGAUACAUGUCAUGGAGUCAAAGAUUGAAGCAACAAUCAAGAACGAAGGCGACAUGAUUGGGUGGGAAGAUGACGAGGAAAUCGUAGGACCUGUCGCACUAGCAGCGAAGCACUCUCUCCUCAAAGCGAUACCAUAUCUACUGCCUCAAGAGGAUUCCGAAGUGUUGUACAGGCUAGUGCUCGAGCACGGCGAUUUUGGAAUACACAAUACUUCCAUCGCCGAAGAUGAUAGCGGCAAGCCUCGGGUAACGUCGUUGUACGAUUGGGAAACGGCGUGUAUCGUCCCAGCACUUCUAGCCGACCCAAUGGUCGCGGUGAGUCCUGUAGAUCUGACUGCGGAUGAGCGCGCGGAGCCGGCUGUCACUAGAAUACCUCCAUCGCCAGAAGCUGCAGAGAUGGAGGUAUAUACCGCAUGGUCGCAGCAUUAUAUCAAAGUUCGUCAACACCGAAGUGCGCUCGUCAUGAUUGUGCGCUGA